UGUUGCCUGUCAGGAGGAGGCUGCAGUUUUCAAUAAGCAAAGGUUUUACCUUUUUCAUUGCGCACCGGUACGGCACCAGCCGUGGACUGAAUAGGCGGCUGCUUGUUUAGUGCGUUGGAAGAGGCCGCCAUGGUGCCGGCCAAGCGCACCAAGAAGGUUGGCAUUGUGGGUAAAUAUGGGACCCGUUACGGUGCUUCCUUGAGGAAGAUGGUCAAAAAGAUUGAAAUCAGCCAGCAUGCCAAAUACACCUGCUCCUUCUGUGGCAAGACCAAGAUGAAGAGAAAGGCUGUUGGAAUCUGGCACUGUGGAUCUUGCAUGAAAAUUGUAGCUGGAGGAGCCUGGACCUACAACACCACCUCUGCUGUCACAGUCAAAUCUGCUAUCAGAAGACUGAAGGAACUGAAAGACCAGUAAACACCACUUGUUCUGGAAUCCAGUACUAUUCCAUCUGGACUGUAGUCAAUAAAAAAUUUUGUUCUGUAAA